AUGUUUAUCAGCGAGGGAUUGCUGCUGCCACCAGGCUGUGAAAUCACUGAUCUGAUGAUGGGAGUCGUCCCCCUGACAGAGCUGGAAACAGCAUCCUCCGAUCACGACCGGGUCGACACGUUUACCUCCUGUGAGGAGGAUCAUGAGGGGAGGGAGGUGGUGGUGGUCGCCACCCUGGCUGCUGUGACAGUUUUCACCUUGGCAGACCUUGUGGAGAUGCUGUCCAUUUCUGCUGCAGCACCUGAGUCUUUGGAGUCGGAUCCAGCACCAGAACACUCAGAACCAGAGUCCUCUGAGCUAGAACGAGUACCAGAGUCUACAAAGUCCCAGGGUCUGAUUGCCAAGUCCCCGGGUCUGCCUGAGGCUCUAAAGAUCUCCAAGCUGGUCUCUGCUCCUGAACGCACUCUGGUCCCUGAUGCAGCUGAGGAUUCUUUGCCGCCUGCAGCUGCAGAGUCUCCAGUGCCGGACCCUGCAGAGUCUCCAGUGCCGGCCCUUCCAAAGUCUCCUAAGCCGGCCCCUGCAGAGUUUCUUUCAUUGCCAGCCCCUCUAGUGUUUCCAGUCACCCGCAGCACCGGCCCCAGCUGA